UUUUGCCGUAAGGAUGUGGUUUACUCAGUGCAACAACUCUAUGCCGGAAACCCCACAGCCUCUAUCACGUCGAGCGAUCCAAUUUUGUUUUGUCUCUCUCUCGCUCUCACUCAGUGUGAGUUACUCAGACUCUCUUAAUAACCGUCAGUGUUUCGCGUUGUGUCGUUUCUAUUUGUGACCAUGUUCCCCAGGGUAAUCUUGAAGGGGACUAUGAUCAAAAAAUCUCAACAAAAGAAAAGAACAUCACCUUGUAACUAUAAGGAGAGAUUUUUUGUGUUGGACACACAAGACCUGAAGUAUUCUGAACGCCGUCCAGGGGAAAAUGAACGACAGAUUGUGUUGUUUCAGAAAAAGCCCAUGAUGAAAGGUUGCAUCGAGCUUUCUAGAAUUAAGUGCGCGGAGAUUGUGUGCAGCGAUGUCCCCAUACCGUGCAGCUAUAAGUAUCCUUUUCAGGUUUUUCAUGACAGCCACUACCUUUACAUUUUCGCCCCAGACAAUGAUUGUCGCCAGAGAUGGGUGAGAGCUCUCAAAGAGGAGACCAAGCACAACAAUUUGGUUUCAAAAUACCAUCCGAACUUCUGGAUGGAUGGAAAAUGGAGAUGCUGCCAACAAACGGAGAAACUGGCCGCAGGUUGUCACGUGUAUGAUCCAGAGGGUUAUGCUUCCAAAAAGCCUCUUCCAAAAAUCCCAGAUGCGGAGAUGAAUGAUUUCGGCAAAGGGACGGUCAUCGCUCUGCAAGACUACACACCGCAGGGAGACGAUGACUUGCCUCUCCAGAAAGACCAGGAGUAUAUCCUGAUUAAAAACUCCCACCCUGACUGGUGGGCCGUACAGGAUUACCUCGGGAACAUAGGCUUUGUGCCCAGAACCUAUGUAGUAGAAAAAUCUGUUAACAACCUCAACAGAUUUGAGUGGUACAACAAAAACAUUACCCGCGGAGAAGCAGAGAACUUGUUAAUGCAAGAGGGAAAAGAAGGUGCGUUCAUGGUGCGUGACUCGAGGCAGGCAGGAGUCUACACAGUGUCCGUCUUCACCAAAGCACCAGGGUCUAAUGGGGAAAAGAAUCCAAGGGUGAAACAUUAUCAGAUCAGACAGACAGAAACAGGAGAGAGUGCGUUUUACUUGGCAGAAAAGUACCUGUUCAGCACCAUUCCUGAGCUCAUCCUCUACCAUCAGCACAAUGCAGCAGGCUUGAUAACUCGUCUGAGACACCCUGUCUCUCUAGAUGGCGGCUGCUCUCAGGAAACCGGUCCCUCAGACGAUCAGUGGGAGGUUGAGCCUGAAGAGCUGAUCUUGGGUCAGGAGUUGGGCAGUGGUCAGUUUGGACUGGUGCUGGAAGGACGAUGGAGGGGGAGGAAGGUCGCGGUGAAGAUGAUCAGAGAGGAGUGCAUGUCAGACGAGGAGUUCAAAGAAGAGGCGAGAGUCAUGAUGAGAUUGUCACACUGCAAGCUGGUUCAGCUGUACGGCGUGUGCACACAGCGUUCUCCCAUGUGUCUUCUGUUUGAGUUCAUGGAGAACGGCUGUCUGUCAGACUACCUGAGGAGCAGGAAGGGGCAUUUGUCUCAGGACCUGAUGUUGGGGAUGUGUAUGGACGUCAGUGAGGGCAUGGCGUACCUGGAGUCUUCCAAUUUCAUCCACAGAGAUCUGGCGGCGAGGAACUGCCUUGUUACAAAGAACAAUGAAGUGAAGGUGUCUGAUUUUGGCAUGACCAGAUUUGUUCUUGAUGACCAGUACACAAGCUCCCAGUGCUCUAAGUUUCCUGUCAAGUGGUCGGCGCCGGAGGUCAUCAAAUACUGCAAGUUCAGCAGCAAGUCAGACGUCUGGUCAUUUGGUGUGCUCAUGUGGGAGGUUUACAACGAGGGACGUCUUCCCUAUGAGAAUCGCUCCAACACUGAGGUGGUGGAGUCGCUGAACGCAGGCCUGAGGCUCCUCAAGCCUCGAUUGGCCUCUGGUACCGUUUACCUGCUUAUGGAGUUGUGCUGGAAGGAGAAACCCGACGAUCGUCCGUCCUUUGCUCAGCUCCUCGAUGAGCUGGCCUCCCUCUCAAACCUGUGACACAGAACAAAGUCUGUGGAGGAUGAUUUGACCCAAAAAAGAAGAAGAGGCUUUAUUUAUUUAUUUAAUUUAUGGAU